GAGAGAAUCUGAUUUUAAUCGGAUAAAAUAAAAUCAACAGUAAACAGAAGUAGAAAGUAAGAGAAGAUAUCGCCGGAGAUGGAGGCCGUACAGUUAUCGACGUUAGCUUCCCGCCAUUUCUCAUCAGCUUCUGCAGUAGCAAUAACCGACUCUAGAAGCUUAAACCUCUCAAAAUGCGCCAAAUUCCGCUCCGCUUUUUGUUCUUCUUCAACUUCGCUUUCUUCUUCGGCAAACAUCUUCACUAGGGAGAUGUGGCGCUGGGUGAACUGUAAGAGCAGUGGUAAUAACAGAGGUUUUCACCGUGGAGUGGUUAUAAAAGCUGAAAUGUUUGGACAGUUAACUAGCGGACUUGAAUCUGCUUGGAGCAAGCUUAAAGGAGCAGAAACUUUGACGAAGGAAAAUAUUGCCGAGCCUAUGAGAGAUAUUAGGAGAGCUCUUCUAGAGGCUGAUGUGAGUCUUCCUGUUGUUAGAAGGUUUGUUCAGUCGGUUAGUGAUCAAGCAGUUGGUGUCGGCCUUAUACGAGGGGUCAAACCAGACCAACAGCUUGUCAAGAUUGUACAUGGUGAGCUUGUGAACUUGAUGGGUGGAGAGGUGUCUGAACUUGUUUUUGCAAAAUACAGCCCUACUGUCAUAUUGUUGGCUGGUUUACAAGGAGUUGGAAAGACUACAGUUUGUGCUAAGUUAGCAAAUUAUCUUAAGAAACAGGGUAAAUCUUGCAUGCUUGUUGCUGGAGAUGUGUAUAGACCUGCUGCUAUUGACCAACUUGUUAUAUUGGGUGAACGGGUGGGUGUGCCUGUUUAUUCGGAGGGCACAGAGGUUAAACCUUCAGAAAUAGCUAAAAGAGGCUUAGAGGAGGCCAAAAAGAAAAACAUAGAUGUGGUCAUUGUAGAUACUGCUGGAAGACUGCAGAUAGAUAAAGGAAUGAUGGAUGAGCUAAAACAAGUGAAGCGGGUACUAAAUCCUACAGAAGUGUUGCUUGUUGUGGACGCAAUGACUGGCCAAGAAGCUGCAGCAUUGGUUACGACCUUUAAUGUUGAAAUUGGAAUUACGGGUGCCAUUUUGACAAAGCUGGACGGAGACUCUAGAGGUGGUGCAGCUCUGAGUGUUAAAGAGGUUUCAGGGAAGCCAAUUAAGCUUGUAGGGAGAGGAGAGAGGAUGGAGGAUCUUGAACCUUUCUACCCAGAUCGUAUGGCUGGGCGUAUCCUAGGAAUGGGAGAUGUACUUUCUUUUGUAGAAAAGGCACAAGAAGUUAUGCAACAAGAAGAUGCUGAAGACUUGCAAAAGAAGAUAAUGAGUGCCAAGUUUGACUUCAAUGAUUUCCUAAAGCAAACUCGCGCUGUUGCACGUAUGGGUUCCAUGACUCGAGUCUUAGGAAUGAUCCCAGGAAUGGGAAAGGUUACUCCUGCACAGAUUCGAGAUGCGGAGAAGAGUUUAAAGAUAAUGGAAUCAAUGAUUGAAGCAAUGACUCCGGAGGAAAAAGAGAAGCCUGAAUUGCUGGCCGAGUCUCCUACAAGGAGGAAAAGAAUUGCUCAGGAGUCUGGGAAAACAGAGCAGCAGGUGAGUCAACUUGUUGCUCAACUCUUCCAAAUGCGUGUCCGUAUGAAGAAUCUAAUGGGUGUAAUGGAGGGUGGAUCUAUUCCUGCUCUCAGCAAUCUUGAAGAUGCACUCAAAGCUGAACAGAAGGCUCCUCCUGGCACUGCAAGAAGGAAGAGAAAGUCGGAAUCAAGAAAACAAUUUGCAGAUUCAGUACCGUCGAGACCAAGCCCCCGUGGUUUUGGCUCAACAAACUAAGAAAUUAAAGUGGUGGGAAGCAGAACCAUGAUUAGGAACUCUUGAAGCGUUUGAUCAUAGUAGCCCUCAAACCUCAUUCCUGCUCACAGUUUUUUGUGCUUGCUAAGGUAUUCUUUGCGCUACGAGGACUCGUUCUUUUCCGACCUUGAUUGCAUCUUUUAGAUGAUUAUUAGCGGGUCGCUGUAAGGAGACACCACAUAUGUAAUGUAUGUAACUGUAAGCUGUUCAGAAAUUCAAAUGUGUAUUAUUAACAAACAAAAAGUAAGAGACCAAUACAUUACAUGAAA